GCGGGGCUCCCGGUUUCAGGAAAGCGUUCGCCGCUUCGACCGGGGUCCCGGAGGCCAAGGCAGCUCCGCCCGCUGCCCCGCAGUCCUCGCCGCGAGCGUCAUGCCCAGCCCGCCGCCCGACGUGGAGGGACCGACUGGUCUCCCGCUACCGUCACCUCUUCUGCCCGGACCUGCUGCGGGACAAAGUGGCCUUCAUCACAGGUGGCGGCUCUGGGAUUGGGUUCCGGAUUGCUGAGAUUUUCAUGCGGCACGGCUGCCACACGGUGAUCGCCAGCAGGAGCCUGCCACGAGUGCUGAUGGCCGCCAGGAAGCUGGCUGGGGCCACUGGCCGGCGCUGCCUCCCUCUCUGUAUGGACGUCCGAGCACCCCCAGCUGUGAUGGCUGCCGUGGACCAGGCUCUGAAGGAGUUUGGCAGAAUUGACAUUCUCAUUAACUGUGCGGCUGGGAACUUCCUGUGCCCCGCCGGCGCCUUGUCCUUCAACGCCUUCAAGACCGUGAUGGACAUCGACACCAGCGGCACCUUCAAUGUGUCUCGCGUGCUCUAUGAGAAGUUCUUCCGGGACCAUGGAGGGGUGAUCGUGAACAUCACUGCCACCCUGGGGAACCGGGGGCAGGCGCUCCAGGUGCAUGCAGGCUCUGCCAAGGCUGCUGUGGACGCGAUGACACGGCACUUGGCAGUGGAGUGGGGUCCCCAGAACAUCCGCGUCAACAGCCUCGCCCCUGGCCCCAUCAGUGGCACGGAGGGGCUCCGGCGACUGGGUGGCCCCCAGGCCAGCCUGAGCACCAAGGUCACUGCGAGCCCGCUGCAGAGGCUGGGGAACAAGACCGAGAUUGCCCACAGCGUGCUCUACCUGGCCAGCCCUCUGGCUUCCUAUGUGACGGGGGCUGUGCUGGUGGCCGAUGGCGGGGCAUGGUUGACGUUCCCAAACGAUGUCAAAGGGCUGGCGGAUUUCGCAUCCUUCUCUUCUAAGCUCUAGGAUUCUUCCAGCCACUGCUUCCCUCUGCCUCACAGCCAGGUGGAGAGCACCAGUCUGAACCAGCAAUGCCCGUAGCCCAGCCCCUCCUCCGGACACUCAGCUAUUUCUGCACUCUCCCUCCCCAUGGUCCCAACUCCAGGGCAGGAGCAACUGGACAGUGGGCCUGGCCCAUGGAGCUGCCAUGCCGGUGUCUGAGGGCCAGGUGCCACGCAGGUAGUGCAGGUGCAGACAAGAUACUGAGAUGUCCCCUGCCCCGUGGUCAAGGCUGUCCUGCCUGCCUGGGUCCAGGGCCUGAGGGAGCCACAUGGAUCCUGAGACUUGUGUUCUCUUGGCUGAAAACACUGAGGUGCUCCCGUCCGUGCGUGGCCCAUGAGCUGGGACGGGCCUCAGGCUGCCCACAAGGUCCGCCCCUCUGUCUCUGCACCACCUGUUUGCAUAAACACACUUUGCUACAAUCUUGCUAGAUAGUGCAUUUUCUUAAAAGAUAAUCUAUUUACUGUAAAAAUAAACUGGACUUUGCAAAAGCUUUUAGAAGGAAAAGAGCAUUAAAGAGAAUUGCUGGUAACCC